UGCAGGAGAUGCUGGCUAAGAGCGGACAGAACAGUGAAGGGAGGCUCAUAAGGAAGGCAGCGCAGAGUGGCGGGCACAAGACUCUGCUGUACGGACACGCCAUCCUCCUGCGGCAUUCCUUCAGCUCUAUGUACCUGGCCUGUUUGAAGACAUCAAGGUCACAGACAGAUAAGCUUUCCUUUGAUGUCGGACUGCAGGAGGAUUCAACAGGCGAGGCUUGUUGGUGGACAAUCCAUCCUGCCUCCAAGCAGAGAUCAGAAGGAGAGAAAGUACGCAUCGGCGAUGACCUCAUCCUCGUCAGCGUGUCCUCAGAGCGAUACCUUCACCUAUCCAUUUCCAGUGGCAACAUCCAGGUGGAUGCUUCCUUCAUGCAGACUCUGUGGAACGUCCAUCCCAUCUGCUCCGGUAGCAACAUAGAAGAAGGCUACCUGCUAGGUGGUCAUGUGAUGCGUUUGUUCCACGGACAUGACGAGGUAGUUACCAUCCCGGGAUCAGACCAGAGUGAAGAGCAGCAGAGGAUAGUCAACUAUGAGACGGGUAAAGCCGGUGCCAAGGCGAGGUCCUUGUGGAGGCUGGAGCCACUCCGAAUCAGCUGGAGUGGGAGCCACAUCCGCUGGGGUCAGCCCUUCCGGCUACGGCACCUGACCACUGGUCACUACCUGGCUCUAACGGAGGACAGGGGGCUGGUGCUGCAGGAUCGGGAGAGGUCUGACACUGUCGCAACAGCCUUCUGCUUCAGAGCCUCUAAGGAGAAGCUGGAGCAGAGCCCCAAGCGCGACAUCGAGGGAAUGGGGGUGGCUGAGAUUAAAUACGGGGACUCGAUCUGCUUCAUCAUACACGUGGCCACAGGUCUCUGGCUCUCCUACCAGGCACCUGAUGUCAAAUCUGCUCGUCUGGGUCCCCUCAAGAGAAGAGCAUGCCUGCAUUCUGAAGGUCACAUGGAUGACGGAUUGACCCUCCAGCGCUGUCAACACGAAGAAUCCCGCGCCGCACGAAUCAUCCGCAACACCACGCUACUCUUUAAGCGCUUCAUCAGAGACCUGGAUUGUCUGGGUGUUAAGAAUAGGGCACUGGUCGCACUGCCUGUGGAGGAGGUGCUCCAAACCCUUAAUGACCUCAUCACUUAUUUCCAGCUCCCUGAUGCCGAGCUGGAGCACGAAGAGAGGCAGAUCAAACUGCGCUCGCUCAAGAACAGGCAGAACCUCUUCAAACAGGAAGGCAUGCUGACUCUGGUGUCCAACUGUAUCGACCGCCUGAAUGUCUAUAACAGCUCUGCCCACUUUGGGGAGUGCGCGGGUUCAGAGGCCGGAGCAACCUGGAAAGACAUUCUCAACCUGCUGUAUGAGCUGCUGGCUGCGUUAAUCCGAGGGAACCGCAACAACUGCACCCAGUUCUCCAACAACUUGGACUGGCUGGUGAGCAAGCUGGAGAGACUGGAGUCAUCUUCAGGCAUUCUGGAAGUUCUGCACUGCAUUCUAAUCGAGAGCCCCGAGGCACUCAAUAUCAUCCAGAAAGGACACAUUAAAUCCAUCAUAUCACUGCUGUACAAGCAUGGACGCAACCACAAGAUUUUAGAUGUGCUCUGUUCACUGUGUGUGUGUAAUGGCGUAGCUGUGCGAACCAAUCAGAACCUCAUCUGCGAUCACCUGCUGCCCAAGAGAGAUCUGCUGUUGCAAACCCAGCUGGUCAAUGAUGUCCAGAGCAUGAGACCAAACAUCUUCCUGGGUGUUAGCGAAGGCUCAGCUCAGUAUAAGAAGUGGUACUAUGAACUCAUGAUCGACCAGGUGGACCACUUUGUGACCAGCGAGCCCUCCCACCUCAGAGUGGGCUGGGCGAACACAAAAGGCUAUGCACCCUACCCAGGAGGAGGAGAGGGCUGGGGUGGUAAUGGAGUUGGAGAUGAUCUCUACUCAUAUGGCUUUGAUGGACUCCACCUCUGGUCAGGUCGCAUCCCGCGGGCGGUUGCGUCCAUGAACCAGCACAUUCUGACCUCAGAGGAUGUGGUGAGCUGCUGCCUGGACCUCGGAGCCCCCAGCAUAUCUUUCAGGAUCAACGGACAGCCCGUCCAGGGCAUGUUUGAAAAUUUUAACACAGACGGGCUCUUCUUUCCCGUCGUCAGUUUCUCUGCGGGUGUCAAGGUGCGUUUCCUGUUGGGUGGCCGGCAUGGUGACUUUAAGUUCCUGCCUCCAUCAAGCUACGCACCAUGUUAUGAGGCUCUGCUGCCAAAAGAGAAGAUGAAGGUGGAGCCGGUGAAAGAGUAUAAAAGAGAUGUGGAAGGAGUCCGGGAUCUGCUGGGCACCACCCAGUUCAUGUCACAGGCCUCCUUCAUCCCCACGCCUGUGGAAACCAGCCAGAUUGUCAUGCCACUUCAUUUGGAGAAGGUUCGGGACAAACUGGCAGAGAAUAUCCAUGAGCUCUGGGGCAUGAAUAAGAUUGAGCUGGGCUGGUCUUAUGGCAAGAUAAGGGAUGAUAAUAAGCGGCAGCAUCCAUGCCUGGUGGAUUUCUCCAAGCUGCCAGAAACAGAAAAGAACUACAAUCUGCAGAUGUCAACAGAAACUCUGAAGACCCUGCUGGCUUUAGGCUGCCGUAUAGUUCACAUGAAUCCAAAUGCUGAGGACUCUCUCAAAAAGAUAAAACUCCCUAAGAACUACAUGAUGUCCAAUGGUUAUAAGCCGUCCCCUCUGGACCUGUCUGAUAUAAAACUGACUCCGGGGCAAGAGUUGCUGGUGGACAAACUGGCAGAGAAUGCACAUAAUGUUUGGGCCAAGGACCGGAUCAAACAGGGAUGGACAUACGGCAUUCAGCAGGAUCUGAAAAGUAAGCGUAACCCUCGCCUGGUUCCGUAUGUUCUGCUGGAUGAACGUACCAAGAAGUCGAACAGGGACAGCCUGCGGGAGGCUAUCCGCACUCUGAUUGGCUACGGGUACAAUAUCGAGCCCUCGGACCAGGAAGGCGUAGGACAAGUCACUGAGAGGCUCAGCAUUGAUAAGAUCCGCUUCUUCAGAGUAGAGAGAACAUACGCAGUGAAGACUGGGAAGUGGUACUUUGAAUUUGAGGCAGUUACUGGCGGAGACAUGAGGGUGGGCUGGGCCAGACCUGGGUGCAAGCCAGAUGUGGAGCUUGGCACAGAUGAGCUUGCUUUUGUCUUUGAUGGAUACAGGGGCCACUGUCUGAACAUGGGCGGCCGGUUAUUUGGGCGUUGCUGGCAUGCCGGGGAUGUGGUGGGCUGCAUGAUCAACAUGGAGGACAAAUCCAUGAUCUUCACUCUUAAUGGGGAGAUCCUGAUCACCACCAAGGGCUCCGAGCUCUGCUUCACGGACUUUGAAACUGAGGAUGGAUUUAUUCCAGUGUGUAGCCUCGGACUGAGUCAGGUGGGUCGUAUGAAUCUGGGGAAGGAUGCUAGCACCUUCAAGUACUACACCAUGUGUGGCUUGCAGGAGGGAUUUGAACCCUUUGCUGUCAACAUGAAUCGAGAGGUCACGAUGUGGUUCAGCAAGCGCCUGCCUACUUUUGUCAACGUGCCGAAGGACCACAACCACAUUGCAGUAACCAGGAUUGACGGCACCAUCGACAGCCCUCCUUGUCUUAAAGUCACCCACAAGACUUUUGGGACCCAGAACAGUAAUGCUGACAUGGUGUUUUGCCGUCUCAGCAUGCCUGUGGAGUUCCACUCCUUCUUCAAGGCCAGUCCAGUGGUGGACAUGAACGGUGUUCACGAGGAAGAAACUCUUAAAUGUCUCUUCUCUGUUUUGUUACAGUACUACCACUCAGUGAGGGUCUUCGCAGGUCAGGACCCUACUUGUGCGUGGGUUGGGUGGGUUACCCCUGACUACCAUUACUAUAGCAACAACUUCAACCUCAGCAAGAAUCGAACAGUGACUGUAACCCUGGGUGACGAACGUGGGCGAGUCCACGAGAGUGUGAAGAGGAGUAACUGCUACAUGGUGUGGGGUGGUGAUGUUACCAGUGCUUCUCACGCCUCCGGUCGCAGCAAUGUGGAUCUGGAGAUCGGCUGUCUAAUAGAUUUGGCCACUGGCCUGUUGACAUUCACUGUCAAUGGCAAAGAGAUCUCCACAUCCUACCAGGUGGAACCAAACACCAAGCUCUUCCCUGCCGUGUUCGUGCGACCCACCAGCCCCAACCUCUUUCAGUUUGAACUGGCUAAAAUAAAGAAUGCCAUGCCUCUGUCAUCAGCCGUGUUUAAGAGUGAGCAUAAGAACCCGGUUCCCCAGUGUCCGCCCCGACUGGAUGUCCAGACCAUAAAUGCUGUGCUGUGGAGCCGCAUGCCCAACAUCUUCCUCAAAGUGGAAACUGGCAGGGUUAAUGAGAGACAUGGCUGGGUGGUUCAGUGUGUGGAGCCCCUGCAGAUGUUGGCAGUACACAUACCUGAGGAGAACAGGUGCGUUGACAUCAUGGAGCUCUCGGAGCAGGAGGACAUGAAGAAGUUCCACUACCACACCUUGAAACUCUACUGUGCCCUCUGCGCCCUGGGAAACACUCGUGUGGCUCAUGCCCUUUGCAGCCACCUGGACCAAUCACAGCUCUUAUACACCAUCGACAAUCAGUACCUGUCUGGCAUGUUGCGUGAGGGCUUCUACAAUGUUCUGAUUAGUAUCCACCUGGAGACAGCCAAAGAGGCACGACUCAUGAUGAAAGAUGAGUUUGUCAUACCCGUCACGGCAGAGACGCGCUCCAUUCGUCUCUUUUCUGAUGCUUCUAAAAAGCACCUUCCACCGGGGGUGGGACUUAGCACCUCUCUCAAACCGCGCCUCAACUUUACUCCACCAUGUUUCAUCAGCACCAAACGAGAGCAUCUGUACAGUCCCCAAAUCCCACUGGAUGCACUGAAGGAGAAAGCAAUUUCAAUGCUGACAGAGGCUGUUCAAAGUGGUGGGCACCACAUCCGAGAUCCUGUCGGAGGAUGUGUGGAGUACCAGUUUGUUCCGAUCUUGAAACUCAUCAGCACCUUGUUGACGAUGGGUGUUUUAGGAAGUGAGGAUGUUCAUAACAUUUUACUGCUCAUUGACCCAAAUGUAUUCAGAGAGGUAAGAGAGGAGGAAGCCGCAGGUGCCACAGACAAAGAAGGACUAACGGGAGCAGAGGAAAAGGCGGUGGAAGCUGGAGAAGAGGAGGCGAUCAAAGAAUCUCAACAGCCAAUGGAAGGACUGCUGGAGAAGAGGCUGCCAGAGCCCGUUAAACUACAGAUGUGCGAGCUGCUUCACUAUUUCUGUGACUGCGAACUGAAGCACCGUAUCGAGGCCAUCGCAUCCUUUUCUGACAGCUUCGUGUCCAAGCUGCAGUACAACCAGAAGUUCCGCUACAAUGAGCUGAUGCUGGCCCUCAAUAUGUCUGCCGCCGUUACGGCGAAGAAGACCAAAGAGUUCAGAUCGCCUCCUCAAGAACAGAUCAACAUGCUGCUGAACUUCAGUAUGGGAGAGGACUGCCCGUGCCCUGCAGACAUCCAGGAGGAACUGUAUGAUUUUCAUAAUCAGCUGCAGCUCCACUGUGGAAUCCCAAUGGAGGAAAACGAAGAUGAACAAGCUACAUCUCUUAAAGGUCGCCUCCUUAUGCUGGUGAACAAGAUCAAAGGCCAGUCGCACAAAGCAGAGGAGCCCACAAAGAAGGAGCAAGCUGCACCAUCCAAUCUGAAAGAGCUCAUCUCUCAGACCAUGGUCAGCUGGUCCCAAGAGUGUCACAUCCAGGACCCUGAACUUGUUCGCAAGAUGUUCAGCCUACUGAGGAGGCAAUACGACAGCGUUGGGGAGCUCCUUCGGGCCAUGAGGAAGACAUACACCAUCAGUGCUGCCUCAGUCCAGGACACCAUCAACCUCUUGGCCUCCCUGGGUCAGAUCAGAUCUCUGUUGUCAGUUCGAAUGGGAAAGGAGGAGGAAAAACUCAUGAUUAAUGGACUGGGUGACAUUAUGAACAACAAGGUGUUCUACCAGCACCCGAACCUAAUGAGAAUACUGGGCAUGCAUGAGACGGUCAUGGAGGUCAUGGUCAAUGUACUUGGAGGAGACAAGUCCCAGGAAAUUGCCUUUCCCAAGAUGGUGGCCAGCUGUUGUCGCUUCCUGUGCUACUUCUGCCGGAUCAGCCGUCAGAACCAGAAAGCCAUGUUUGACCACCUCAGUUACCUACUGGAGAACAGCAGUGUGGGCCUAGCUUCACCAGCUAUGAGGGGCUCCACUCCUUUAGAUGUGGCUGCUUCCUCAGUGAUGGACAAUAACGGCUUGGCUCUGGCACUGGAAGAACCCGAUCUGGACAAGGUGGUCACCUACUUGGCUGGCUGUGGUCUUCAGAGUUGUCCAAUGCUCCUGGCUAAAGGUUACCCGGAUAUCGGCUGGAACCCCAUUGAGGGAGAGCGGGAUCUGUCCUUCUUGCGGUUUGCUGUCUUUGUCAACGGUGAGAGUGUGGAGGAGAACUCGAGCGUCGUGGUCAAGCUACUGAUCCGUCGUCCGGAGUGUUUUGGACCAGCUCUGAGAGGAGAGGGAGGGAACGGCCUCCUGGCCGCCAUGAAGGAAGCCAUUAAGAUCUCCGAGACGCCUGCUUUGGACCUUCCAGGCUCCGUCCAGGGAGUUAGCUCUGAUGUGUCAGCGGACGGUGAUGAUGAAGAGGAGGUGGUCCACAUGGGCAAUGCCAUCAUGUCAUUCUACUCUGCUCUCAUUGACCUGUUGGGACGUUGCGCCCCUGAGAUGCAUCUCAUCAACAAAGGGAAAGGCGAAGCUCUGCGUAUUCGUGCUAUCCUGCGCUCUCUGGUGCCUACUGAGGACCUCGUGGGAAUUAUUAGCAUACCACUCAAAAUGCCCAUCAUCAGCAAAGACGGGUCAGUGACAGAGCCGGACAUGUCAGCCAGCUUCUGUCCGGACCACAAGGCCCCCAUGGUGCUGUUUCUAGACAGAGUGUAUGGUAUUGAAGACCAAAGCUUUCUGCUUCACCUGCUCGAAGUGGGCUUCCUCCCUGACCUGAGGGCUGCUACCUCUCUGGAUACGGAGGGUCUGUGCACCACGGAGACAGCCCUGGCUAUGAACCGCUAUAUCGGUUCAGCCAUGCUGCCCCUCCUCACCCGCUGUGCCCCCCUCUUUGCUGGCACCGAGCACUACGCCACCCUUAUCGACUCCACUCUGCACACCAUCUACCGCCUCUCUAAGGGCCGUUCGCUGACCAAGGCGCAGAGGGAUGCAAUAGAGGAGUGCUUGCUGUCUGUCUGCAAGCACCUUCGUCCCUCCAUGCUGCAGCAGCUCCUGCGCCGCCUCGUCUUUGAUGUGCCCUUGUUGACUGAUUACUGCAAGAUGCCUCUAAGGCUGCUAACCAACCACUACGAGCAAAACUGGAAGUAUUACUGCCUCCCAUCUGGCUGGGGCAGCUUUGGCACAGCAUCUGAGGAUGAACUACUACUUACCAAGAAGAUCUUCUGGGGAGUGUUUGACUCUCUAUCCCAAAGGAAGUACGACCCAGAGCUAUUCAAGAUGGCCAUGCCUUGUCUCAGUGCCAUAGCUGGAGCUUUGCCACCAGACUAUGUGGAUGCCUCCAUUAGCACCACUGUGGAAAAGCCUGUUUCUGUGGAUGCCCAGGGCAACUUUGACCCCAAACCAAUCAAUACUGCUAAUAUUGCUCUUCCUGAGAAACUUGAGCAUUUUGCCAACAAGUAUGCCGAGCAUACCCAUGAGAAAUGGUCUGCAGAGAAGGUGCUGCUUGGGUGGAAAUAUGGAGACUGUGUCGAUGAGAAGGCGAAGACUCAUCCUCAGCUAAGGACCUACAAAGCCCUGACAGAGAAGGAGAAGGAUAUUUACAGAUGGCCUAUUAGAGAGUCCCUGAAGAGUAUGCUGGCAAUGGGGUGGAGUAUUGAUAGGACCAAGGAUGGAGAGAGCAUGUCUCAGCAGAGGGAGACUGAAAAAAUGAGAAAGAUAUCUCAGGCUUCACAGGCCAAUGGCUUCAAUCCGAGCCCAAUAGACACAAGCAACGUGGUUCUAUCCAGAGAGCUGCAAGGGAUGGUGGAGGUGGUGGCUGAAAAUUACCAUAACAUCUGGGCCAAGAAGAAAAAAAGUGACCUUGGAAGUAGAGGAGGGGGAACGCAUCCUUUGUUGGUGCCCUACGACACGCUGACGGCCAAGGAGAAGGCUCGUGAUCGGGAGAAGGCUCAGGACCUUUUCCGCUUCCUGCUAAUCAAUGGCUAUAGCAUCACAAGAGGUCUGAAGGACUUGGAGCAGGAUUCCUCUUCCAUGGAGAAAAGGUUUGCCUAUAAAUUCCUCAAGAAGCUGCUCAAAUAUGUUGACUCAGCCCAGGAAUUCAUUGCCCACUUAGAAGCCAUGGCCACCACUGGGAAGACAGACAGGUCACCUCACGAACAAGAAAUCAAGUUUUUUGCCAAAGUUCUCCUCCCUCUCAUUGACCAGUACUUUAAGAACCACUCCCUCUACUUCCUCUCCUCUCCCAAUAAGAAUCUGAGCAGUAGCGGCUAUGCCUCCAACAAGGAGAAGGAGAUGGUCACCAGCCUCUUUUGUAAACUGGCAGCUCUUGUCAGACACAGGAUUUCACUUUUUGGGAGUGAUUCCACCACCAUGGUCAGCUGUCUGCACAUCUUGGCACACACUCUCGAUACCAGGACGGUGAUGAAGUCGGGCUCCGAGCAGGUGAGGGUGGGGCUGAGGACUUUCUUUGAGAACGCCGCAGAGGAUCUGGAGAAAACUUUCGAGAACCUGAAGCUGGGGAAGUUCACUCACUCCCGCUCACAGAUGAAAGGAGUGUCACAGAAUAUCAACUACACCACUGUAGCUCUGCUUCCCAUCCUAACUGCACUGUUUGAACACAUUACUCAACACCACUUCGGAGUCGACCUGCUUUUGGAUGAUGUCCAAGUGUCCUGCUAUCGAAUCUUGACCAGCCUCUAUGCGCUGGGCACUGGGAAAAACAUCUAUGUAGAAAGACAGCUGCCAGCUCUCGGUCAGUGCCUGGCAACCCUGGCCGGGGCCCUGCCUGUUGCCUUUCUAGAGCCGCAGCUCAACCCAUACAACCCCUGCUCCGUCUUUAAUACCAAGAACGCCAGAGAGCGAGCCACCCUAGGAAUACAAGACUCAGUGGAAGAAAUGUGUCCUGGCAUGCCACGACUGGACCGCCUCAUGAAGGACAUCAAUGACAUGGCUGAGUCGGGAGCGCGGUAUACAGAGAUGCCCCAUGUGAUUGAGGUGGUGCUGCCCAUGCUGUGUAACUAUCUGUCCUACUGGUGGGAAAGGGGUCCUGAAAACCAGCCAGCCAGUGGGGGAAGCGUCUGCUGCACCACCGUCACCUCAGAGCACCUCAGUCUAAUUCUCGGCAACAUCCUCAAGAUCCUCAACAACAACCUGGGCAUCGAUGAGGCGUCCUGGAUGAAGAGAAUUGCAGUUUAUGUCCAGCCAAUCAUCAGCAAGGCCCGUGCAGACCUGCUGAAGAGCCACUUCCUGCCCACGCUGGAGAAACUGAAGAAGAAGACAGUGAAAGUGGUGGCUGAGGAAGAGCUCCUCAAGGCCGACUGUAAAGGAGACACGCAGGAGGCCGAGCUGCUCAUCCUGGAUGAGUUUGCUGUGCUCUGCAGGGACCUGUACGCAUUUUACCCCAUGCUCAUCCGUUAUGUGGACAACAACAGGUCAAGGUGGCUGAAAGAACCAGAUUCGGACUCCAAUGACCUCUUCAGGAUGGUCGCAGAGAUAUUUAUCCUCUGGUGCAAGUCACAUAAUUUCAAAAGAGAAGAACAAAACUUUGUGGUCCAGAAUGAAAUCAACAACCUUUCAUUCUUGACUGGAGAUAAUAAAACAAAGAUGUCCAAGUCUGGAGGACAAGAUCAGGAGAGGAAGCACAAGAAGAGGCGGGGUGAGUUCUACUCCAUCCAAACCUCACUGAUUGUGGCCGCCCUGAAGAAGAUGCUGCCUAUCGGUCUCAACAUGUGUACCCCAGGAGAUCAGGAGCUCAUCUCUCUGGCUAAGAUACGCUACCUCAUGAAAGAUACAGAUGAUGAAGUCAAAGACCACAUUCGGCAGAACCUGCACCUUCGAGAAAAGUCGGAUGACCCUGCUGUUCGGUGGCAGCUCAACCUGUACAAGGACAUAGUGAUGAGGACUGACGGGCCUCCAGAUCCCGAAAAGGUGGUGGAUCGUAUCCAGAGGAUCUCUGCUGCCGUCUUUAACCUGGAGCAGGUGGAACAACCACUGAGAUCCAAAAAAUGUGUGUGGCAGAAGUUGCUCUCCAAGCAGAGGAAGCGCGCAGUUGUUGCCUGCUUCCGAAUGGCUCCGCUUUAUAAUCUGCCAAGGCAUCGCUCUAUUAACCUCUUCCUCCUGGCCUAUCAGAGAAUAUGGAUAGAAACAGAAGAGUACUCUUUUGAAGAGAAACUAGUGCAGGACCUUGCAAAAAUACAGCCUAAAGUGGAGGAGGAGGAAGAGGAGGAGGUCAGAAAGCAGCCAGACCCUCUUCACCAGCUCAUUCUGCAUUUCAGCCAUAACGCUCUGACUGAAUGCAGUUCUCUGGAAGAAGAUCCCUUGUAUAUUGCCUAUGCAGAUAUGAUGGCAAAGAGUUGUGCUGAAGGUGAAGAAGAGGAAGGAAAAGACAAAACAUUUGAGGAAAAGGAAAUGGAGAAGCAAAAGAUGCUGUAUCAGCAGGCCAGGCUACAUGACCGAGGGGCUGCAGAGAUGGUGCUUCAAAUGAUCAGUGCCAGCAAAGGUCGAUUUGGUGCUACUGUAACUGUCACCCUCAAACUGGGCAUCUCCAUUCUCAACGGAGGGAACAUCCUAGUCCAGCAGAAAAUGCUGGACUACCUCAAGGAAAAAAGAGACGUUGGCUUCUUUAAAAGCUUAUCCGGACUCAUGAUGUCAUGCAGCGUCCUGGACUUGAAUGCUUUUGAAAGGCAAAACAAAGCUGAAGGUCUGGGGAUGGUAACUGAAGAGGGAUCAAUCAACGUGAGUGAGCGGGGUUCCAAAGUACUGCAGAAUGAUGAGUUUACUAAGGAUCUAUUUAGGUUUCUGCAGCUUCUCUGUGAGGGCCAUAACAAUGAUUUUCAAAAUUUCCUAAGGACUCAGACAGGGAACACAACCACAGUCAACAUAAUCAUUAGUACUGUGGACUACCUGCUAAGACUGCAGGAAUCCAUUAGUGAUUUCUACUGGUACUACUCUGGUAAGGAUGUUAUUGAUGAGGCCGGUCAGAGGAACUUCUCCAAAGCACUAGCAGUGGCAAAACAGGUGUUCAACUCUUUAACAGAGUAUAUACAGGGUCCAUGUAUAGGGAAUCAGCAGAGUCUGGCUCACAGCAGGCUGUGGGAUGCAGUGGUGGGAUUCUUGCAUGUUUUUGCCAAUAUGCAGAUGAAGUUAUCUCAGGACUCCAGUCAGAUUGAAUUACUAAAGGAGCUGCUGGACCUGCAGAAGGACAUGGUUGUCAUGAUGCUCUCGCUACUUGAAGGUAAUGUUGUAAACGGAACUAUUGGCAAACAAAUGGUGGACACCUUGGUGGAAUCUUCCAGUAAUGUGGAGAUGAUCCUGAAAUUUUUUGACAUGUUCCUCAAGUUGAAAGACUUGACCACUUCGGACAGCUUCAAGGAGUACGACCAUGAGAGCAAAGGGGUCAUCUCAAAGAAGGAUUUCCAGAAGUCCAUGGAGAACCAGAAGCAGUAUUCUCAGUCUGAGAUUGAGUUUCUUCUCUCCUGCGCUGAGGCUGAUGAGAAUGACAUGUUCAACUAUGAGCUGUUUGUGGAGAGGUUUCACGAACCAGCAAAAGACAUCGGCUUUAACGUUGCAGUGUUGCUAACCAAUCUCUCAGAGCAUAUGCCUCAUGAUGCCCGCCUCUCAACUUUCCUGGACCUGGCCGAAAGCGUCCUCAGCUACUUUGAGCCUUACCUGGGUCGCAUCGAGAUCAUGGGUGGAGCCAAACGCAUCGAGAGAGUCUACUUUGAGAUCAGCGAGUCAAGUCGUACGCAGUGGGAAAAGCCUCAGGUAAAAGAGUCAAAGCGGCAGUUCAUCUUUGACGUGGUCAACGAGGGCGGAGAGAGCGAGAAGAUGGAACUGUUUGUCAACUUCUGUGAGGACACGAUCUUUGAGAUGCAGCUGGCCUCUCAAAUUUCAGAGCCAGACCCUGUCGAGCGUCCGGAGGAAGAAGAUGAUGACAUCCAGAGCAUGGUGGAAAACCAGGAAGAGGAAGAUGAGGAGAGCGUGAUGAUGGAGUCUUCCUCAGCAUUUACAAUCGCAUGUAUCUCCAUGAGAAAGAGCUUGUGUCACUUCCGCCAGCUGUUUACUCUUAAAAGCAUGAGGCGGCAGUUCAGGAAAUUCAGGAAGAUGAGUGUGAAGGAGAUGGUGCGAGGCUUCUUCUCCUUUUUCUGGAUGAUCAUCACGGGCCUCUUUCACUUUGUUUACAGCCUAGUUUGGGGUUUCUUCCACAUCUUGUGGACCACUAUGUUUGGGGGUGGCCUCGUUGAAGGGGCUAAGAAUAUGAAGGUUACAGAUAUUUUAGGAAACAUGCCAGACCCCACUCAAUUUGGAAUCCAUGGAGAUGUGUUAGAAACAGAAAAGAUGGAGGCAAAUGAAGCAUCAGCGUUAGCGGAGCUGGGUCAGAUGGCUCAAGGGGAUGCAGCGGAGGCAGACCUGAUGGCCGAGCUACUCAACAUACAGCCAAAGAAGGAGGGCAAACAUGGGGCCGAGCCCGGUUUGGGGGAUGUAUCUGAGGUGGUGGUGGGAGAUGCCCCAUCAAUAGCCAGUGCUGUCAAGCAGAAGAAGGCACAGAUGGCUGCAAAGAAGAGGGCAGCAAAUGGAGACUACAAAUCGGAUACAGAGAAGGGAGAUUCAGAAGACGGUGAGAAGAAGGACCGUGACAAGACUAGAGACGAAGCUCCUCCAGAGCUGUCAGUAGAGGAGAAGAAAGCCCCGAAGAAGAGGCUCGGUUUGAAGAAAGAACCACCGGAGGCUUUCAUGGCUAGCUUCUUCGCUGGCUUGGAAGUCUACCAGACUAAGAUGCUGAACUACCUGGCGAGAAAUUUCUACAAUCUCCGCUUCUUGGCACUUUUUGUUGCCUUUGCUAUCAACUUUAUUCUUCUCUUCUACAAAGUGACCGGCGAUUACUCAGAUGAUGAAGACCCCUGGAAUGGACGAGGCAGAGCUGGGGAGGAGGAAGACGAGGGAGCGCUUGAGUACUUUGUCCUGCAGGAGAGCACAGGUUACAUGGCACCAACACUUCGCUGUCUGGCAAUACUACACACAAUCAUAUCUUUCCUGUGUGUGGUGGGAUACUACUACCUGAAGGUGCCUUUGGUAGUGUUCAAGCGCGAGAAGGAGAUAGCGAGGAAGUUGGAGUUUGCUGGCCUCUACAUCACAGAGCAGCCGUCUGAUGACGACAUUAAAGGACAGUGGGACAGACUGGUUAUCAACACCCCUUCCUUUCCCAACAACUACUGGGAUAAAUUUGUCAAGCGCAAAGUGAUAAAAAAGUAUGGAGAUCUUUACGGAGCAGAGAGGAUAGCAGAGCUGCUGGGGUUGGACAAGAGCGCCCUGGAUUUCAACCCUACAGAGGAAACUGUUGCCAAGGAGGCUUCACUGGUGUCGUGGUUGAGCUCAAUUGAUACGAAGUACCACGUCUGGAAAAUGGGGGUUGUGUUUACAGACAAUUCAUUCUUGUAUCUAGUUUGGUACACCACCAUGUCCAUUCUGGGUCACUACAACAACUUCUUCUUUGCCGCCCAUCUGUUGGACAUCGCCAUGGGCUUCAAGACCCUCCGUACCAUCCUCUCCUCUGUCACGCAUAACGGCAAACAGCUGGUGCUGACAGUGGGCCUGCUAGCUGUUGUGGUCUAUCUUUACACUGUGGUGGCCUUCAACUUCUUCAGGAAGUUUUACAACAAGAGCGAGGAUGAGGAUGAACCAGACAUGAAGUGUGAUGACAUGAUGACGUGCUACCUAUUCCACAUGUAUGUUGGGGUAAGAGCAGGAGGGGGAAUAGGGGAUGAGAUUGAGGACCCAGCUGGCGACCCCUAUGAGCUUUACCGCAUCCUGUUUGACAUCACAUUCUUCUUCUUCGUUAUUGUCAUCCUCUUGGCCAUCAUCCAGGGUUUGAUCAUUGAUGCCUUUGGAGAGUUAAGAGACCAACAGGAACAGGUUAAAGAGGACAUGGAGACCAAAUGUUUCAUCUGUGGCAUCGGUAAUGAUUACUUUGACACAACACCCCACGGCUUUGAGACCCACACCUUACAAGAGCACAAUUUGGCUAACUAUCUGUUUUUCCUGAUGUACCUCAUCAACAAGGAUGAGACAGAGCACACUGGGCAGGAGUCCUACGUGUGGAAGAUGUAUCAGGAGCGCUGCUGGGACUUCUUCCCAGCUGGAGAUUGCUUCCGCAAACAGUACGAAGAUCAGCUUGGAUAGAGCAGAUGCAUCCUCCUUACCUCUAUCUAUGUGUCCUGCUGGAGCAUGUAGUCCUACCUACAACUGCUGGAAUACAACACACACAAACACAUAUAUAGAGACCUCCCGCCGCUGGUUUGGACUGGUGUGAGGCGAGACAAAAGAAAAUGAUGUACCCUUUGAUGUACCAGUGUAUGAGGAAAUGACCUGUAACUUUAGGUUUUCUUUUAGUUUGGGGACUCGUUUUUGACAGCGUGUUGCCUUUUACUCCACAUAACCCCAAAAUCAUUGCACAAUUUUUUUUUUUUUUUUUUUUUUUUGAGAAAUACUGGGUUGUGUGGGGUUAUGGGACAAUAUGUCAGUCAUAUUAUGCACAAUAUAUGAAUGUUGAACUUGAGACUUAAUGCCAAAAGAAAAGCAGUGGAGUAUAGUAGAUAUACAUAGUGUGCAAAAAAAUGUGAUUUAAGAAAAGAUUUUUUUUUCCAGAUGUUGUAACGUUAUCUAUUGAGAUGGAAUCUGUAGGAUGAAGUGGCAAAAGGUUUAUUAUGUAGGAUUUUUUUAAAAAAAUGCCUAAAUUUCUUCAUGAAGUGCCUUACAGUACUGUAUCUACAUUACAAUGAAGCUAUGCAAACCUUUUUUUUCUUUAUUGUAUGUAAGUACAGUAGUUUCCCUGGAGCAGUAACAAGUAGCUGUCCAGAUAUGUAGUUUGUGGCUGAACCUUUUCAUUUGACCGUGGAAGAAGAGCAUUGGGAUGAUUUAUUUUGUUGCUGAAUGCAGCAUAACUGCAAAUGUUCAAGAUACACAGUGUAUAAAUGACACAACAGAAUUUACUGAACACUUUCAAACAAGAACAGAACAAAAUGAAUUGCUAUUGUAUGGCCAUUUGUAUGUAAUAGCUUUGCUGAUCUGUGCAUUUCUUUUGAUGGAAAAAAAAAUAAA